AUGGAGGCUCUAGCGUACAGUGUCUCCGUGCCCCUGGCCGCUUCUAUGGCGGCUGGUCCCGCAUCUGUGGCCGUCCGCAGACAAGGAAACACAAAACACACAUAUCUCCGCCAUGGAUGCGAUGCGUUCUCGCAGCUCUGCCGACCAUCAACUCGGCUGCCCUCGCAAAGGGGUCGCGUGGUCAUUCGCGCAGCCGAAGGCGAAGCCGCUGGAGACGCAGCACCGGCGGCAGCCGCGGCGACUGUACCAACAACGGCAGAAGACCCGCUGGCGUACAAGCACCUCCUUCUCCCCAUCAUGGACCGCAAUCCGUUCCUGAACGAAGCUACACGACAGGCUAUCGCCACGGCCACCGCCAUGGCCAAGAGAGGCAGUGCCGACAUCACCGUCGUCGUGAUCGACGAGGACCAGUCGGAGACCAAGGACGAGCACAAUCAGCGCCUCGAGAGCAUCCGCUUCCACCUCGCGCAAGGUGGUUUCUCGGACUUCUCGCUGCUGGAGCGACUGGGAGAGGGCAAGAUGCCGGCAGCAGUGGUGGGAGAAAUUGCAGACGACCUGGGUCUUGACCUCGUGGUGAUGAGCAUGGAGGCCAUUCACCACAAGCACGUUGACAGCAACCUGCUUGCCGAAUUCGUGCCCUGCCCUGUGCUCCUCCUGCCACUCUAG